UUUUCUCCCCUGAUCAGCAAUUACAAACAGAGAAUGAAGCAAAAAGGAGGAGACGAGAAAUCACUGAAUCAACAAGAAAUUCUAGAAAGAUAUUUAGUUAGGAAACGAACGAUAUCUGUUGAGGAUGAUUGCUCAUCGAAUCCGCGAUUUUUCUCAAAAAUUCCUCAAUUUUCCCCAUCGGUUUGUGAGUGGUGGGAAAGCCUUCCGGAAAAUCCCUGGGCCUUCCGGAUAUACGGCUCUGAAUCGUCUCUUCAAAAAAGGUCCAUCAGAUUUGGAUGCCCUGCAUGUGUCGGGCUUUGAAAAAUUCCACCGAUACGGGAAGAUUGUCCGGGAAACUCCCCUUCCGGGAGUUAAUGUUGUGUGGCUCUUUGAUCCCAAUGACAUCGCCACUGUUCUCAAUGAUCACGGCAAUGGGAACUUCCCGCAACGGAGAAGUCAUCUGGCUCUCGAGAAAUACCGAAAUGAUCGCCCGGAAAUCUAUCGAACUCCUGGUCUUCUACCCACAAAUGGUGAGAUGUGGUGGAAGCUGCGAUCUCAGGUGCAAAAGAAUCUCAGCUCUCCUCAAAUUGUCAAGAGCUUCCUGACAGAAGUGAAUGCAAUCACGAAGAAUUUCCUCGAUAAACUUAAUCUCAAUCGUGCACGAAAUGAUCUUCUUCCGGAACUUGCACGUCUCAAUUUGGAGAUUAUUGGGUUCUUGGCAUUUGAUACUCAUCUGAAUAGCUUCAGUGAUGCUGAACGCCAUCCCAAAUCUCGAUCCUCACGCUUGAUUGAGGCUGCUGAGGAGUCCAACAGUUGCAUUCUGCCCCUUGAUCAGAAUUUUCCGCUCUAUAGAAUUUUUGAAACUCCCCUCUACAGACGUUUCCGGGAAUCUCAGGAAGUUCUCGAGAAAGUUGCCUUGGAAUUGGUUGAGAAGAAAGUUCAAGAACUAACUGGCAAUGACGACAAAGUCGGGAAGAAAUCCCUCAUUGAAGAGUACCUCAGGAAUGAGAAUCUCGAGAUCAGGGAUAUUGUGGGCAUGGCUGCUGAUUUCUUCCUCGCUGGGAUCGAUACAACAACCUACACUUCCAGCUUCCUUCUCUAUCACAUUUCCCGGAAUGCUGAAGUGCAGCAAAAACUCUUUGAAGAAUGUCAGAAAGUUCUUCCGGAAGAAGAUUCGAACAUCACUGAGAAUUGUCUGCAAGAAAUUCCCUAUGCGAAGGCCGUUCUCAAGGAAUCCCUUCGCCUCAAUCCCGUUUCCGUGGGCGUGGGGCGUGUUUUGGGUGCAGAUACCGUUCUUUCGGGCUACGUGGUACCUCGAGGGACCAUCAUUGUGACGCAGAACUUGAUUUCUUGCCGGCUUCCCGUUCACUUCUACCAACCGGAAUACUUUGUGCCUGAGCGAUGGCUCAAGAUCACGCGCAAUUCAGCACCCCAUCCUCACCUGGUCUUGCCCUUUGGCCACGGGAUGAGAUCGUGCAUCGCCAGGCGACUUGCUGAGCAAAAUAUGCUCCUUCUCAUGAUUAGGCUUGUGAGAAAAUACAAAUUAGAGUGGAAAGGUACAGCCAAACUUGAUUUCCACACAAAACUCGUCAACAAGCCGUCAAGCCCAAUCGCCAUUAAUCUCACUGAGCGCACGAGGAAGUGAAAAAUAAAAUUUAAAUGGAAGACAAAUGAAGACAAAGGUCAUGCCCUAAAGGUAUCCCGGAAGAAGUUGACGACAAAUUCCACAAAGAGAGAGAAAAAACUUCAUUUCGAUGGGAACUCUGUCACAAAUUUUAUUUUCAAACAUUCAUCAUAUAGGAGACUCUACAAAUUUUAUUUAUGAGUUUGAGGAGUAAUUUACAAGGACGGGAUAUCCUUUGGAGUCCACAUACUUGAAGGUUCCCUUCUCAAUUAACAGCUUCCCAUCGCGUACCACAGUUUGACCUCCGAUCUCGACAAAAUUGUAACCUCCCGGAGGAGAUUUUUCAACUCUGGAAAAGAAAAUUUAUAAUUUUAGGAAAAUCACCUAAAGGGCAUCGCUAUUCUUGGUGAGUUCCAUUUAUUUUUAUUUCUAGAUCUUUUAGACAAUUUUAAAUGUUUUAAAAUUACUUUUGACAAUCUUUAAAAUAAGUUUAAAAUUUUUAUUUUCUUGGAUUUAAUAAUUAUUGUUAUGUUAUAGAAUUAUCUUGGUUUAGAAGUCAAUCUAAGAAUUUUUCAUCUUGAAAAUCCUUAACUUUGAUAAGUAAACAAGAUCUUGAUUUAUUAAUUACAUAUUCAGCUUUUUUAUUCAACAUUUUGCAAGAAGUUGAAAGAUAAAAUGUUUCAAGAUUUUCAAGAAAAAAGUUUUUUUUUGUAAUUAUAUUUUUUUUGUAUCAAUAAAAUUAUUAAGAUCGAGAGAUUUUUACUUCUUGAUAGCAAGUCAAUAGUUUUGACGCUAAUCUUAAGUAUUUUGCGUUUCCUGGGAGUCCUUAAAAAUGUUUGAAAUUAAGAUCUUGAAAUCUUGACUCCGGAAUUCGGGUUAAUUAUUUCGCAUUCUUAAUAAUAGAAAUCUGUAAAAUAUUAAAGAAUUGUUAAAAAAAAAUAUUCAAGAUCUCAAGAUUUUGAUUUCUUGUCUACAAUUUGUUCAAGAUUAACUUAAAAAAAAAAUAUCUCGUUCUUCUUCCAUCAUUAUAAGUCAAGAGUUUACUUUAAAACUUUAGGAAGUAAUAAAAAUUAAAUGUUAAAAAUAAUAGAAAAUAUUGAAAAAACAUGGAAAAAUCAAAGAAAAUAAUUAUAAUUUUCCAUAAAAGAUCUUCAAUAAAUAAAGAAUUUUCAUAGAUUAAA